ACCAAAUCGUCCACUUCGAAAUCACUGACCAGCAUCAUGCUCCUCUUAAAAGUCCUUGCUCUCACGUCGUUCACUACCUCCGUCCUUGCGAUAGGCCGCGCCAUCGUCACCAACCAGUGCGACUCCCCUAUCUACCUCUGGUCCGUCGGCGGCACCGUUAGUCCCCAAAUUAUCCUACCUAAAGACAGCUCCUACAGCGAAGUCUUCACCUCAGACCCCAUCUCUGGCGGCAUUGCCCUCAAGACUACCUCCACCCCCGGUGGUCUCUUCACCCCUAAUGUCAGUCAACUCAUCUUCGUAUACACUAUCGACAAUUCCUCCGUCUGGUAUGACCUCAGCUCACUAUUUGGCGACGGCUUCUCUGGACGAACUUUGCGCGUUCAGCCGAGUGAUGAAGCGUGUGAGAGUAUCGGAUGGUAUGAUGGGAGGACGCCAGCGGGAAGUCAGGUGAGAAAUUGUCAGAAAGAGACGAAUUUGGAGUUGACGUUUUGUACGGGGCACUGUUUGCCGAGUUGGUCGACUUGCGGUCGUAAUGCGCCGAACGAUACACGAGCUUGCUGUACGCAUUGUAUUGGGAGCCACCAUUGCGUUGCGCCGCAGUAGCGAGUGAGGGAAGAUCGGUGCGGAUGCUGCUGUGCAUCUACUGAUGCCUUCAAUAGGUACUUGUGAACUUGGAGGUGCAGAAAUUGCGAC